GCCGCCGCCGCCGCCGCGCAUUUCUGCAACUCGAGCCAAGAAAGUGAAGAUGGCCACCAAAUCAUGCCCCGAGUGCGACCAACAGGUACGUGUUGCAUGUAAAUCUUGUCCCUGUGGUUAUGUAUUUAUUAAUAGGAAACUUCUAAAAAUAAAACACUCAGAGAAAUCAUCAACUUUUACAGAAAUUGCCACAGCCCCCCCAGCCUUCAGCAACCACCACCCUGAUCAGUCAGCAGCCAUCAACAUCAAGGCAAGAGCCUCCACCAGCAAAAAGAGAAUGACUGAAGGCUCAGAUGAUGGGUAG